AAACUCAAACUCUAAGGAUUGCAUUAAUUUAAAUUUUAUGAUUUUAGGAGAUCUGAUAUAGUCCUUGAUUAUAGAGGAUAUGACGUUGCAGCAUAUUUCCAACAUCUUUGAUCAAAUCUGAGUGGAAAUCUGUCCUUGCCAGUUCCAAGUCCGUACUCAGCAUCGCCCGCUCCUGGGCUUGUACCUGUACCCACACGUAGGCCCGACUCAGUGUUAUCAACUCUGAUUAUCUCAUGUCUGUGAUCAGGAGUGCCCGCGUCUGUGUCUGCCUGUGUGCCUGUCCCUGCCUAUACGCCUAUGUUUAUCUGUGCGCCUGCAUUGCCCGCACCUCGGCCUAGCUCAACUGUGCCAAACCUGAACACCCUGUCUGAGCCACUGGAACCUUGAUCACUGCUCGCACCAUUGUUCUGCUGGUUUCCCACAACUUACACCUUCAGUGCGCCUCAGGACCUAGUCUUUUUAGCUGUCAGACUCUGUUCCGCUAGAACUUGAAUUGUCGUCGACUUGGAGAGAACCCCUAAGCCUGGACCAGCUUACGGACUGUGACAUUCUUCAGCUCACCAUGUCAUCCCCUACGUGUCUCCAUAUUGAACCCUUCACUCCUUUAUAAAAAUCCCACCACCCCAAAGUCUCCUUUCAGCUCUGAUUGUUCUUUUUCUUUUGCUGUCAUUAACAUAUAAGUUUUCAAUAUCUGCCAAAGCUCAUAAGCUUUUCAUCAAUGGCUGACAUCCGUGAUCGCAACCAGCCUCAACAGGUUCAGGUUCACCUACAGCAACAUUUUAAUUAUCAGGGUGGUGGGAAGAACUAUCAAAGUGGACCAUCAACGAGCCAGGUUCUGGCUAUCCUUACCCUCCUCCCUAUUGGUGGCACUCUGCUUGCAUUAGCAGGGCUGACACUAACCGGCACCGUCAUUGGGCUGUGUGUGGCCACACCACCCUUCAUCAUCUUCAGCCCAAUUCUUGUCCCUACUGCCAUUACCGUUAUGAUGGCUGUGGCUGGUUUCUUGUCCUCCGAGGCUUUCGGGUUGACAGGCCUGUCUUCACUCUCCUAUGCCUUUAACCACCUGUGGAGGGUUACUGGCACAGAGCAGCUAGACCUGGACCACACUAGGAGGCGCAUGCAGGACAUGGCCGGGCAUGUGGGACAGAAGACAAAGAGUAAGGCUCAAGAGGGUGGUAGGACUUGAAUUUAAGAUGAAGGUAAGAAUAAAGGGUUUAAAAGGAGAGUACUUUCUUGCAGGGUGUAUUGCAAUAAAAUGGAGUACUCACUACUGUUGGUUUUCAAGAUCUUGUCUUUACAGUUAUUCGUACAUGUCUUGUUAGAAUAAAAGG